UUCGAGCGUGUUUCUAGUUGUAAAUCGUAUGUCCUUGUGACUUAUAUAUUUAUCGAUAUACACCAAAUAUAGGUCAAUUUUUGGGAAUGCCCACGCCUGAGGCGAAUACAUCUUCGCCACCACCGUCGGAGUCAUCGUUGGUGGCGCUCAGAAACCCCAACAUUACCGAACUGGCCACAGCGGAAGCGGACUCUUUCAAGGCAAACAACGCAAACGUAUCUAUUAUGACGCAAGAUCGAUGUUUGGAUAAUGGCCAUCAGGCUAUAAGUAAUGAACGUUCCUCCACCACCGACGACAAAGUUAGUGACGAUCUAAAUAAUUCUAUAAAUAGUGUUGUUAGUAAUGGCGUAAACAGUGUGCAAGAAUUCAAUGUCGAUGUUAAUCGCGACCGCGAACACGAAAACAGCACGGAUUUGGUGAUCGUGCAAAAUCACACCGUAGACACCGAUAGUCCGCCAACGGGAAAGGUUUCGCCGUCGCCACCUCCGACGACUACUAGUAAUAUUAAUUCAACGGAAACGCCUAGCGAAUUCGUCGACAAUUCGAAAGAUAAUUUUGAAAAUAAUUCAAUAAAUAACAUUGAUGCAAAUAUUAGUGAAUACUCAAAUAAUAAUAUCGUUGAAGAUAUGACGGUGAUAAAGCAUCAAAAUAGUGGCGAAAAUAUUCGCGAAAUAAUUGCGAAUUCGGAUAAGGCCAAUAAAAAUUCUAAUGAUUCGCAACUUGUCGAUAAAGUUGUGAAUAGUGAUAAUAAUGAUCAGAAGGUUAGUUCAAGAAGUGCUCGAACUCGGAGAUCUCGCAAACUCACUAGAUCUGAUAAUGUUAAUGAUGAAGAUCAAAUUGAAGAUCCGAUAGAACGUUUGAAUAAAUUACGCGCGAGUAUAUCAAGCGCCCUUAGUGAAGUUAAGGGAGUUUUGAAACAAUAUAGCACCGAACAAAGUUUAGAUGAACAAAAUGAAUCUACUCCAUCAUCUAAGCCCGAUGAGGGGCCAGUAAGAUUUCGUUUUGUUCGUAAAAUCCGUCGGAGAAGCGUAUUUAGUGAAGACGAUGAAACGGAAAUACCUAAGACAACUUUGGACGUUAUAACUUCGCCGAUAAUUGAAAAUAAAGUUAUCGAAGAAGUUCCAACUGAGAUUCCGGAUUCUCCAAAGGUUUUAUCAAGUGAAGAUCAGAAGUUACCGGAACCAAGUAAAGAUGAAAACCAACAAGUUCCUCCUAAGGAAGAAGAAAAAUCAAUUCAAAAUAAUAAUCAAGAAUCUGAUAAAAAGCAACAAAUUAAAACUGCAACUGAUAUUCAGAUUGCACCUGAAACAAGUGACAAUUCGAACGUUGUCGUGAGUGAAUUUCAAAAGACAUCAGAAACCCAUCAGGACCCAUCGAAAGCUGACGAUGUUGAAGCUCCUCCCACUACAACAAUUUCUGAAACCCCGAAAACUAAAAUUGUAAAAACUAAAAAAGUUCUUAAAAAAGACAGCAGGAGAGCUUCGAUAGCAGCAGUUGAAAUAAAUCAAAUAUCUGCUGAUGAGCAAUCUUCGAUACCUGUAGAAUUAAAAACGCAACGUCGACCUUCAGAUUCUGGCACUUUGGUGAAACAAACAACUCGGACCAAGGUGAAGACUAGUGAAAAACCAAAGGUUAUUUCAAGUCGCAAGGCAAGAACAAAUUCUUCUUCGAAAACAGAAAAGGUUGAAGCAACAUCUAGUCCUACCGCUGCAGACAAAUCUUCUUCACCGAAAACAGAAAAGGUCAAAAUAAUUUCAACUUCCACCGAAGACAAGUCUGCUUCACCGAAAAUUGAAAAGGUUGAAGCAACAUCUAGUCCAACUGAAGAAAAAUCUUCUUCGCCGAAAACAGAAAAGGUCAAAAUAAAUUCAACUUCCACCGAAGACAAGUCUGCUUCACCGAAAACAGAAAAAGUUGAAGCAACCAAAGAAAAAUCUUCUUCGCCGAAAGAAACAAAUGUCAAAACAGCUAGUCCUAGUGAAGAUAAACCUUCUUCGCCAAUAACAGAAAAGGUUGAACCAGUUUUUAGACCUACUGAAGACAAACCAUCUUCACCGAAAGAGAAUUCUACAAAAAUAUUGGAAGAAAAUAAAUCUUCUGACACCACCGCAUCUGUUACCCUACCUCAAUCAAAUCAGGAGACAAUCAAGGAAUCUCCAGUGAUUGUGGAGUCAACAACACUUGAAGCAACGAAUGUCUCUGCAGUUAUAAAUCAAGAACCACACAUUGCCGAUUUAUUAUCUGAUGUGCCAAUUUUAACACCUGCUCCUGAACUUAAAUCGAAAGUGAACUCUGAAAUUCCUCAAGCUGAAGCUGUUACAAAGUUAGAAGAAAGUGUUAAUACCCCUGAAAGUGCUCCAGCUGCAUUAGAAGAUAGUUCUGCCUUGAAAAGUGAGUCACUUCAAGAAUCUACUGAAUCAGAUAAACCUGCAGAAAUCAGUGAAGACACAUCGAGGACAUCUGAAGCCAUAUCAGAUCCAGCUGCAAGUUCCAGAUUGGAUGAUGAUUUGCUCCAUCAAUCGUCUCCAAAAGUAAUUGAAUCCGAUAAACCUACAGAAACCAGUGCAGAUAAAUUAAGCUCACCUGAAACUACAACAGUACCAUCAGACAAUUCCACAAUGAAGGCAACCGACAAAUUAGAUUCACCGACGGCUACGACUGCUCCCAUAGAUCUUUCUAAAGUGAUAGCUGUUUUAGCCCCUAAACCUUUGACCAUAGUGAAACCUAUUAAAAUUGAACAACCUGUCUUUCUACAACAAAAGCUUAAAAUGGUUAUACCAGGUUCCAAAGUUGAAGUUCCAAAGCCACAAGCUGCAAAAUCUAAACCAUCACCACAGGCUGCUAAAUCUGGAAUUCCUGUCAAGAAAACAAAUACACCAACAUCGUCAGCUAAAAUUCCGGUAGCAUCACCAGCAAGUGCUAAAGUUGAUGCAUCCAAAACUAACAAAAAUGUUACUCCUGUUCAAACAAAGAAGACCACUGAAGCUUUAACUGUUAAGGCUGUAAAAACAGUACAAACUGCUAAAAAUGAGAAUUCUGGUGAAACAUCGCCUGGUGUCGAAGCUGAGGAACCUCUACCAGCCAACGUUCCAAAAGAUGCCAUUGCUGUUAAAUUCAAUCUUCCUGGUCAACAAAGUGUCGAAGAACUUCAGAGAUUAGAAGAUGAACAAGGCAACAAAGAAACCAGCCCAUCUGAAACAACUGAAGCCGAAGCUGCUCCAAAGAAAAAGAGAAAAGCUAAGAAGAAGGUUGUUAUUCGUCGUAUUCGAAGGAAACUCUCCAAAGACGAUACUUUCCUUAAUACACAAGAAGGAGCAGCUGAAUUAGAAGUUUGUGAAAAAGAAAUCGAAGAAGAAGAACCUGAAGAAGAGGUACCAGACGUUCCAAAACAACCCAAAUCAUGUUUGAAAGUACGACAAUUUGAAAUCGGUGAUGUUGUUAUGUAUGCUGAACAUUACAAAAAGACUCAAGUUAGAUGGAAGAAGGGUGUAGUUACGGAGAGAAUUACCAGCAUAUCGUAUAAAAUUAAUAUAGAUGGAGAUGAGAGACCAGCGCAUGUGAGUUAUAUUAAAAAGUUUACAGACAGAAAGGUGAAUUUCGGUGGGAAAGAGUACCUGGAAAUCGAUUAUGCACAAAUUGAAAGUGACGAAGAGAAAGAACGUAAUUAUAGUAUAUGGAAUUGUGUUUGAUUGUUGUGUAAAUUAAAAGGUAAACAAUUUGAAAUUGUUGUAAAUUAUUUUUAAGAAAAACAAACUUAACACUUGUAGCUCUAUUCUGCUAUCCAUUAAAAAAAGAGAGAUUAUCAAAUCUUUUCUUUGCUUUCAAUCUUUUUACCAUCUUUAAGACUUGUAAGCAAGGAAGCAUGAAAUUAUACCAUUAUUUAAAUUUUAACACCAAAUAUAAAAUAUUCAAAUAGGUAAAACUUUAAACAAACUCAAUAAACUUUUAACAUUUUAAAAUAUUAAGAACUUCGAUGAGACUUUUAAAAGUCUUUAUAGAAUUAAAAAGAGUUUUCAAAAUAACUUUAAUGAAUAGCAGAAUAGAGCUCUUGUAUAUUUUACGGGAAACAAAUUCGUCUUUAUUCAAUUUAAACUAGCAAUAUAAAAUAAAAUUUAAAAUUGUAUAGAUAAACAUCCAGUUUAUUUGUUAUAAAAAUAUAUUUCAUAAGGAACGUAUACGGAAAUGGCAAUUCUUAAACUCAAUUCAUUAUGAAAAUAUCCUUGAUAAAACUACCAAGAAUUAUGUUAAUUAAAAUAAAAUAGGUUAAAAAUAGGCAAACAUUUUUUAUUGCGUUUCAAUUUUUGUAACAAUAUUUUUUUUUUUAUUUUUAAAUAUCGACAAAACAAUGUUAUCAUUUAUUAUUUUAUAUCUAUUUAAAUGUCUAAUGUACAUAGUUUUUACUUUAUUAUUUUUUUUUAAAUUUAAUGUAAAAUUUAAAUUUAUUAAUUUUUUUUUGGUCGAUGUUUACCGACACUGUAUAAAACUCACACCAAAAUAAGGCGUCUUAGUAAGGGUACGACAGAUCUAAUUUAUUAAUUUUUUAUUAUUCCUUUUAAUUUUUAAAUUAAAUUGUUGCAUUGAAAAAGAAUAAGGCACUUUAAAAGGUUUGUUUGUUAUGUUAGGUUAUGUCAUUGUUUGGAACCAAACAUUUUUACUUGGUUUCAUGAUUUGA